AAAACUCUUCUUCUCCAGUUUCUUAGAAGGGGUACUUGGAGCUUCCUGAAUAUCUCUAGUGGGUUCAUGUAAAGGAGCCGCCUGUUUGAGUUUAUACUGCAGCUUAUCUACAUCGACUGCUUGGUGGGAGUUGAAAGAGGAGAACAACAAUGGAGAAGAUAUCAACUGCUCUUGAAGCUAUCAACAACGAAACUGUUGACUUGGAGAAUAUUCCGAUUGAAGAAGUUUUUGAAAAGCUAAAAUGUACAAAAGAAGGUCUAAACUCAGAUGAGGUUCAAGCGCGACUAGAGCUUUUUGGGUAUAACAAACUGGAAGAGAAAAAGGAAAGUAAAAUACUCAAAUUUUUGGGCUUUAUGUGGAAUCCUCUGUCAUGGGUUAUGGAAGCAGCUGCAAUUAUGGCCAUCGCUCUUGCUCAUGGAGGGCACAAGGGUACAGAUUAUCAUGAUUUCCUUGGCAUCACGGCUUUGCUGAUUAUCAAUUCAACCAUCAGUUUUAUAGAGGAAAAUAAUGCUGGAAAUGCUGCUGCAGCGCUUAUGGCUCGGCUGGCUCCAAAGGCUAAGGUUUUACGCGAUGGAAGUUGGAGCGAGGAAGAUGCUUCUGUGUUGGUCCCUGGAGACAUUGUCAGUAUCAAACUAGGAGACAUUAUUCCUGCUGAUGCCCGUUUGCUUGAAGGAGAUCCUCUGAAAAUUGAUCAGUCGGCUCUUACAGGAGAGUCACUCCCAGUAACAAAAGGUCCUGGUGAUGGAGUUUAUUCUGGCUCAACAUGUAAGCAAGGUGAAAUUGAAGCAGUUGUCAUUGCAACUGGAGUACAUACUUUCUUUGGGAAGGCAGCUCAUCUGGUGGAAAAUACAACACAUGUUGGGCACUUUCAGAAGGUCUUGACUUCAAUUGGAAACUUCUGCAUUUGCUCCAUUGCUUUUGGGAUGGUUAUUGAAAUCGUAGUCAUUUAUGGGCUUCAGCAAAGGCCUUACAGAAUUGGUAUAGACAACCUUCUUGUGAUACUUAUUGGUGGUAUCCCAAUUGCUAUGCCAACAGUGCUUUCUGUCACGAUGGCAAUUGGUUCUCAUCGUUUAUCUCAGCAGGGUGCCAUAACAAAAAGAAUGACAGCUAUUGAGGAAAUGGCUGGGAUGGAUGUGCUUUGCAGUGAUAAAACUGGCACUUUAACUCUCAACAAACUUACGGUGGACAAAAAUUUGGUAGAGGUUUUUGCUGAUGGUGUUGAGAAGGAUAUGGUUGUUUUGAUGGCUGCUAGAGCCUCAAGGUUGGAGAAUCAAGAUGCCAUUGACGCUGCAAUUGUUUCAAUGCUGGCUGAUCCUAAAGAGGCUCGAGCUGAUAUUACUGAAGUUCACUUCCUUCCCUUCAAUCCAACUGAUAAGAGGACUGCACUCACAUACAUUGACAAAGCCGGUAAAAUGCAUAGAGUGAGCAAAGGUGCACCAGAACAGAUUCUUAAUCUGGCAUGGAACAAAGCAGAUAUUGAAAAAAGGGUCCAUUCAAUAAUUGAUAAAUUUGCUGAGCGUGGUCUUCGAUCCCUAGCAGUUGCCCAGCAGGAAGUACCUGCUGGUACCAAAGACAGUCCUGGUGGGCCUUGGGAAUUCGUCGGUCUUCUUCCUCUCUUUGAUCCUCCACGCCAUGACAGUGCUGAAACCAUUAGGAGAGCUUUAGAUCUGGGUGUUAGUGUUAAGAUGAUUACAGACUCCGCUAGAUUAGAUGGACAUGAGGGAUACAAGUCUCAGAACUAUGUUGAAGAGAAUAUUCCGAUUGAAGAAGUUUUUGAAAAGCUAAAAUGUACAAAAGAAGGUCUAAACUCAGAUGAGGUUCAAGCGCGACUAGAGCUUUUUGGGUAUAACAAACUGGAAGAGAAAAAGGUGUCAUAUGACUUGUUUCUGCUUUUCUCUGUCUAUAUCUUUGUAUUUCCUGAAAGGUGA